AUGCACUGCAGAGCUUACUUCUUGCUGGAAAGAGACUUCCAAGAGUUGAAGGAGAACAAUUUUAAGGGUAUUACUGCCUUUCCUGUAAGUAAAGAUCUAAUGGAAUGGGGAGCCGAUAUUGAAGGUCUACAAAAUACAUUUUGGCAUGGAUUAUUCGUCCAACUGAAAAUAAACUUUAUAUCACAAUACAAUUUUGUCCCUCCAGUUGUGAAAUUCCUGACAAUUCCUUUUCAUCCAAAUGUAGACCAAAAUACUGGUCGGGCUUGUAUAGAUAUUUUGGAUGACCCUGAUAAGUGGAAUACAAGCUAUACCUUGAGCAGCGUCUUACUUACCCUCCAGGUUAUGCUUUCUAAUCCAGUGCUAGAAAAUCCAGUGAAUUUGGAAGCAGCCCAAAUGCUGAUUAAAGAUGAAUCUCUGUACAAACAAGAAGUUCUAAGACUUUUCAACCAACCAACACAAUUGAGAAAUAACAGCCCUGAGUUUCCUAAAGAUCAAGAUAAACUUAUCAGAUCAACUAAAGCAAUCUCAUUUAAUGAUUACUACAAGACAUGGUCCGGAAUAGCAACAUCAAAAGCCACAGAAUACUAUCGAAGUCCAUUGCUUGAAGAUCCAAAUUUUGUUGUAGAGUAUUAUAAAUGGAAGAAAGCUGAAUUACAGCAUCCUAAAGAAUGGAAUUUAAAGUAUGCUGCUACCAUGGCUCGGCUGGCUAGAGAAAGUAGAAGGCCUUCCAAAGUCAAUUAUCCAACUGAAAGAUUUCAUCGCUGCCCAACUCCAAUUCAAAAUUUUGCUGACUCACAGACUGAAAUGGAUAUUGUCAUGAAGACUGGUAGAACAAAGGAGAGGUGGAGGAGUGUAGCUUUACCAGAUGAUGAUAAUGCGAAUGAGUCGUGGGAAGAAGAAGCAGAAGACCUGGUCGCCUGGACCAACACUCUUGAUAUAGACGUUUUAGAAGAUUCAGCCUGA